AUGAGUAUUGAGUCAGUAGAGUCAAUGGUAUCAGCUGUAACAAAUAUAUCCGACUCCACCGUCACCACCUCCACUACUCCAAACUCAUCCAUAAAUAUCACCAAACCACCUCCAAUCAAAACAUCCGGAAAACCAAGUAAACAAGCGGUUAAAGACGAUAAACCUUUACCUAUAACUCCUACUUCUGAAAAUCAAGAUGCCCAAAGUUCUUUAUCAGACGAAACAGACUCAGUGAAUCACACACCAGAGGAGAAAGAACUUGACGAACAAAAUCCAGUCGCUCUUGUGAAUGAAGAGGAGGACGAGGAACAGGAAGAAGAGGAUCCUGAUGCAGAAUACAAGUUAAUUGCCCGUCGAUUGUUUGAUGAAGAUUUUGUAUCCAUUAAACCAGCUGAAUAUACCCAAUUUCUUGCUGCUGGUGAUAAGGAUUCUUCCAAAAUACGUGCUUACUACAUGUCAUAUUUCCAAUGGUCUCCCAAUUUGUUAAAAUCGACCAGAAUUCUUUGCUCAAAAUUAUACUUGAAAGGUGAAUCACAAGAAAUUGACAGAAUUCUUAGCUCAUUUACAAAGUCAUACAUUCGUCAACAUAGGAACAACCCUUUUUUCACCCAUAAUUUUGAACAAAUCUAUAUUGUUAUAUAUUCCUUGAUUUUGUUGAAUACAGCACUCCAUAAUGCAGAAUUGGAUAAAAAGUCAAGAAUAAGCAAACAUGACUUUAUCAAAAACACAUUGGAAACGUUUGUAAAUCAACAAACCAAGAAACCAUUGGGAAUCAAACAAAAAAUUGCUAUUGAAACUGAAUUGGCUGGCUACUAUGAUAAUCUUGCCCACAAAGAGCUCAAUCUUAAGAAUAGUGAAACAGCCAAUUCUAAUCAUGAAAGACGAAUGUCAAAAAUGAGCAAAUCUGAAUUGGCAGAAUCCCCAGACAACCAGCAUCUCACUUUAACUCGUCAAGCAUCUUCUUCAUCUACUUGGUCAAAUGAUACCACCACCACUACAAACACUACCAACAGAAGAGCUUCAUUCUCAUUACAACGUUACAACACUUGUUCAACAGAAAUGUCAACAAACAGAAAACCACCAAGUCGAAUGGGUUUGGCUCGUACCCUUGCUGCUGAAAGCAAACCAGAUGGAAUCUAUAGUCUCUCCAACCAGUCUGUGCUUUCACAGGCUACAACAACUAAUGGUUUAAGAAGAAGAUCCUCGUUUGAUCAAAUAAUGGGUAGAACAUCCAAAGCCGAUAUUGUGCUGAUUGAAGAAGAACUGGAAGAAGCCGAAGAAGAGGAACAAACAUUCUCUUAUGAUGAUAGUGAGAUUAAUGACAAGUUGGAAUUGUCUGGUGCUCCAUUUUUGAAAGAAGGUCUUCUUAUGUAUAAAGAAGAUACCGGUGAAAGAAGAUCUAUUUUCAGUCGUUCAAGUAGUUUUGCCAGUGUGUUUGUUGUUGUUUCGCAAGCAACACUUCUGAUUUUUAGUUUUGAUGAAAAAUUAAAGAGAAAAAAGAGAGCUGUUCACCAGGCUGCUGGUUCUGGCAAUGGUGAAGAUGGAGUUGGUGAUGGUAAUUGGUUGAAGUCAUCCUUGAUGAUUGGAAGUUAUAAUUUAUGUUCAUGUUUUGCUGAAUCUAGUGGUAAAUCAUGGUCUUUGAAGCUUCCAAACAAAAAGAAGUUGUUAUUCUCUGCUGGUACCGAGGUAGUUGCUGAAGAAUUUAAAAAUUCAUGUAAUUUCUGGUCUGCAAGAGUUACAGCUAUUCCUUCCAUGGAAGAAUCACAAUCAUCUAUUAACUAUGGAUUUAAUCAGUUGGAUAGUAUUCUCCAGCAUUCAGAUACUUUUAAGAGAUUAAAGAUUCAUAAAUAUGUGACCGUUCCAAUUGGUGUCAACAAAACCAGUCAUGAUUUACAACAUCAAUUCCUACAUACAGUCAGUUAUUUCCAUAAUUUGGAAAAUAAAUUGGUAGAAUUACAAGAAAAGCAAAAGAAGUUUUGUUUAUUAAUUCCAGAAUGUCAAAAUACAAAUAAUAGAAAGAUUGUCACCAAUAAUUUUAUUAUGAAGAUGAAUGAUCUUGAAUUAACAAUGGUUAAAUAUAAGGGUUAUUGUAAAGCACUUGCUUUAGGUUUACAAAAGAAAUUAGAGCUUAAUGAAGAUAACGAAGGUGAAGGUGAUGGAUUUGAUUAUACUGAAGUUAAAGAAGUACUUGGUCAAUUGGGUUUCUUGAAUGAUAAAAAAUUGGAUUCUCAACCAAGAAAUUUUUCAUUAGAUAAAUCAGGAUUUGAAAGUCCACUCCAUAGUUUGAUGGUUAUUGAAGAAGAAAAUUCUUCUGAAUAA